UAAACACAGAAUUGUUGAUGCAGCAUUAAUUAUUUAAUCUCUUUCCUUCUCUCUUUCUCCCUCCGUAUAUAUAUAUAUAUAUAUAUUAUACAUAUAUAGCAAGUAGUUUUUUUGUUUCUUCUUGUGAAAAUAACUUUAAUAACAGACAAUGAAGCCCGGCAGCGGCAAAAGGGGCAAAAGCAAAGCCCUCCCUCCACCAGGAGAUUUCAUAGCUUUAGGUAAGCAGAGCAAGUCUUCAUCGGAAACUGAGCUCAGGGUGUGUUCCAGCAGUGCUGGAAAGAAAUCAAGCUUGUCAAAUCCAGACCGGAAGCGUGAACCUGGUCCAGCGGUGCCAGUUAGCCUGGCUAAAAAACCAAAACUCCUUGGUGCUACUUUCACACCUCUUGGACGCCCUUCAGAUUUGGAUAAAAAAACUUCUUCCAUUGUCCAAGUGCCAUUAUAUGAAGAAUCUGCCAUUGAAGUGGAUGCUGCUGACUUUCUCACAGAAGUUCAAGAUGCUUUUGAUAGUGAUAUGGAGAGGGUGGAUGGACUACUCUGUGGUGCAGUUAAAUCUCUCCGUGCUAACCGAUCCAAACCAGAUCCAUGCCUCUACCUCAGCUUAAUAUUCCUGGUCAGAGCAAAACCAAGUAUCUUUCUCAGUGAACUUGUGACAGAGGCUUUCUGCAGUUUGUUAAAGCGUGAUGUGUCCAUCAAUUUCAAAGCAAAAGGCAAUCCGUUGGUUUCAGUUCUUGCAUGUAAUAUUUUGAUGGCAGCUUACAGCGAAGAUGACAACUGGCCAGAUGAUUUUGUCAAGGUUUAUGUGGAAGACUCCCUCGGUGAACAUAACUGGGUGGACAGAGAAGAGUGCAAAAUAUUUGUUGAUAAUAUACUCACAGCGUUUAACACAAAGACUCCCACAAAAAACAGAUUAUUGUCAAACAUUGAAGGUUCAAAAUCUGGAGAACAAUCUGGAAGUUCAAGUCCAUCAUUGAGUGUGUGUGAAGAAGAAGACAAAAGCAUUGAUAGUGACAGCUUCAAAUCUGGCUUUUGGGAUGCUGAUAACUCUCCAAUAACUCCCAGAUACGUUUAUCAGCAAGAGAUGAUAGAAUCAGAUGUCCUUGAAAUUGUGAGAGAACAACUGAACAAACGUCAGCCAAUGGAUGGUUCAACACGCAACUUAAUCCGGCUGAUGACAGUCACUUGUGGUUCUGGGGAGAUCCGUCUUACUGCAGCACAGCGUCUAGAAAUGUGGCUACAAAAUCCAAAGUUGUCUCGAUCGGCUCAAGACCUUCUGCUUUCUGUCUGCCUCAAUUGUGACCAAUCAUCUUCCAUGGAUGUGGAGACCAUUGUUCAACUAACAAAAAUUCGACUGAAAACUAAACCUCUAAUUAACCAUUACCUUUCAAGUCUGCGAGAACUUCUUUCACAAAACUCUGAAAAUUUACGAAUGAUAUUAACGCAGACCAUCUACAAUGAGUUGUCCAGUGCUCGUAACCCUAACAACAUGGCUUUACUUGGUGUCAUUUGUCAAAGUUCUCCAGAAACAUCUGCUAGAAUCCUUGCUGAAAUCUUCCAGGACCUUUUGGUUAAUAAAGAAGACUACCUAAGAGCAUUAAGGGCUCUAUUUAGGGAAAUCGUUCGUUCAUUGAGGCAUGAUUUGAACUUUGUGGCUUUCUGUUUGGGUCUGAUGCAAAAACGGACUGAGACUAAAUUUCUUGAAAUGGAUCAAGCAUUUAAAGAGCGGUAUGUUUUGGCAAUAACUGAUCUCAUCACUUUGACCAUCUUGGUUGGAAUCACACCUUCAGUGAGAGAAGCUUUUGGCAAUUUGGCACGUGGGGAUCGUAAAGAUUUGGAAAUUCUUCACCAAUAUCAGCAGCAGGUAACACUUAUUCAACGAGACAGUGUGUGGUGGCUUCACACUGUUGUACCAAGUAUAGUCGAAAUGAAACCGCAUGAAUAUGUUCACUGUUUACAUAAAGUCUUGUUUAUGGAAAGUACCGAGCAUUACCACAACAAAGACAACUGGCCCCUGGAGUCUGACCGGGCCUUAAUGCUCCGCAUUGCUUCUGAAGUCCCUGUUCUUGAAGAUACACUAAUGCGUGUCCUCGUCAUAGGUUUGUCUCGAGAACUUUCUCUGAGCUCUGCAGAUGCUGUUGAAUUAGCUGACCAAUUGAUCAAGAGAGCUGCUAUGAUUCGACUGGAAGGUGUUGAAGUCCUUCGAGUCACUCGUCUAGAAUUUGUUGAUGCUCUAAUGAAUCUUUGUGCCUAUCGACAUCCUGAGAACAUUGUUUUGCCAAAAGGAUAUACUCCACCAACCCUGGCUAUAUCGGCACUUUACUGGAAAGCUUGGAAUAUGUUGCUUAUCAUUGUGGCAUUCAAUCCCAGUACUUUUGGACAAACUGCCUGGGAGAAUUACCCUAUUUUGAAAUGUCUAAUGGAAAUGGCAAUGACCAACAAUUACAAAUUUCCACCUCCAACAACAGCCACUGAAGAGAAACAUAUUGAAGAGAUCAAAAACCAUGAAAAGCAGCUCUAUGAAAAAGAGAAACAUGAGAUACUUGAAUUUGAGUCUCAUUUAGCUGCUGCCACCAGUAAAAUUACAAUCACAGAGUCAAACAGUUUGCUGUUAUCUCAGCUCACCACUAUGGAUGUCUCAGGGUCUUUACGCAAACCUCCUUCGACGGUCAUUGAGCAGCUCGUGACUUUGAACCAGAAUCUGAAAAUUGGUCAGCGAUUGUGCCGAAGUCGUAACCCAGACUUCCUGCUCGAUAUAAUUCAACGUCAGGGUACCACACAAUCUAUGCCAUGGCUUGCUGAGUUGGUCGAAUCCAAUGAAGGGUCCCUGGAUGUUCUCCCAGUGCAGUGUUUAUGUGAGUUUCUACUUCACGAUCCACAAGACUCGACAGAAGAUGAUGAUGCAGAUUUCGAAGCUGAGAAACAGAAGAAGCGGAAAAUGAAGAAACAAGAACAGCUGCUGGCCAAACUGCAAAUGCUGGUGCACAGUCCAUCAAGUGAUAGCACCACCACUUUUGAAGUUAUGGACUAUUUUUUCAAGAGACUAUCUUCCAGCCAAGCUUCAAGUCGAAGUCUGGCUAUCAAGGGUCUGUCACUUGUUGUGUCUAUGUCUCACAUUCCUCCAUCUGAGAUUGAACCCAUCAAAGUGGACGAACAAGAAGAAGAGUUUCUGAAGUUGAUUCCACAACACAAAUGGUUACUUCUCUACCUCCCCAGUUUACCUUUGUUUGAUUCCCUCCGGACCCAGGCCUGCUAUGCAAUUCGAAAGGCCUGUCGUGUUGAAACUGACCCAACUCUGGUCAGCGCGUAUGUCAUCUUCUUAGACCGUCAUGUUAAAGAUGUCAGUUUACAGAAUUUAGAUGACCUGGCAUUUGAAGUUGCACAGCUGAUUGUUGAACGCACGACUGUGAUGAGUCACGUGGUGCCUCCUGAAAGUGACAGACCAGAACUGGCAAACCGAACCUUAACUGCAGUUCUCUCCCUUUAUACCAAAUAUAUUCGCAGAGCAAAAGAACCGGAUAAAGAGGCUUACGAUUGGUCUAACACUCAGGAUCAAAUCAUACUUCAGUGGGAGUCUGGGGACUCGGCAACAAUGCUUGUGCUGGUGGUACAUGCCAUGAUCAUUUUGCUGACAUAUGGGCCACCUAAAGAUGGAGAAACAUAUUAUGAAGAAUUACUCAAGAUUUGGUUCCCUGAAGAAGGUAGCCCACCUAAUGCCUUCCUCCUUGACACUUCAGAAGAGGCUCUUUUACUCCCAGACUGGUUGAAACUACGUAUGAUUAGGUCCAGCAUCGAGAGACUUAUUGAUGCUGCGCUUCAAGACCUCGACCCUGCUCAGCUCUUCUUGUUUGUGCAAUCAUUUGGUAUCCCUGUGUCCAGCAUGACAAAACUGCUCAAGUAUCUUGACCAUGCUGUCAAGAUGGAUUGCUUGGUUCUGGACCAGGCCGGUGUUGACAAGUGUUACCUAGCCCAGCUCAUUGAUAUCCAACACACUCGCGGGGCCGAGGGAGGUCAUGUAUUUCUGAAGAUGCUCAAAGAAAACAGUCCUUCCACGACUAAUGAAGAAGAAGAUUUUGCAAUGGAUUAUGAAGAGUCUAAGUCAUCAGAAUGGACCCCCCCACCAAAAACUGGUCAAGUAACACUUUCUACCGAGAUUAAAGAUAUGGUAACAUAUCUGCAACAAUUAUUUGUUUCAAGUCCUGUGAACAGUAACUCUUUGGCUGCUGGACAGUACCAAAAAAUAUUAAAGAGUUUGACAUCCAGCAAUGAAGUGGCAUUAAAUAUCACAAAGGCCCUUAGCUUGAUAUUGAACUCUCCUCAGCAAGAAGUAUUUGUUGAACAGAUGUUGAAAUCAGCAAACAAGGCCGGCCCUUUACUGAAGCUGCUCAUUGCAAAACAGCGACAACUACAGGAUUCGUUAAGACAAAUGAUGGAACAACUCUGGUCUUUGUGUAAAGGUCACAGAUCUCCAGUGGCAGCUGUGGUUAAUCAGUACAUGGUAUCUUACUGUCACCAUUCCUCCAAGCAACAAGCAGGAGCAUCAGAAAUACAAACCGUAGCUUCAAAAAUCUUCAAUUCUAACAAAGAACUUGAAGAAGAUAAAACUGUAUCAGAUUUCAAAAAACUUGGUUUAGAGAAAGAUCCAUUGUUUGAGUCUGUGGUUGAAUGUUGCAUGAAGAAUCAAAUAAAAACUCAGAAGAUGUGUUCCAUAACCAAAGUUGCCUGCAGAAUGUUGAAAGACAAUCAGUUGGGAUUGGCAGUGCCAUCAUCAGCUGCUUGGCUGUUUGUUGACUGGUUGGAACUCAUUGAUCCUGAAGUAAUCCACAAUGCUCCAGAUCUGCAGAUGUUGCUGCUAUUUACAAAACAACAACAACAACAAUCCGAAUCAUCAUCAUCAUCAUCUAAGAUGCUGCCGUCUACCACCAAUGACAUGAACUCUGUGCCUAGCAACUACUCUGACGGUCACUUAAGCAACAGCAUGGUGAAGGAAUCCUUUAAGGGUCGUCCACGCCAACAGCAGGCAUACCUCUUGGCCCUGCUUACUCACCAAAGCCACUGGGGUACCUUACACAGGUGUAUCAGUUACCUGUUGCAGACUGACGAACACAUCAAGCAUGACCCAACCUCUGUGCUCGACUUCCUUUGGGCCUGUAUUCACAUUCCAAAGUUGUGGCAAGGACAAGAAAGAAAAGGUCAAAAGAGUUUCACUUCAGAUGAUGUUCUUGGGUUGAGACUUGAGCAAAUCUGUACAGUUGUGGACUAUGUUGUACAGGAGGCGAGUGAAUCUUGUCUGCAGGAAACGGAAGAAGGAGAAGACAUCUCUGACCAGAAAGUCUCCAAUGACUCUGCCUCUGUGAUCAAUUGUCGUAUUGAGUUAGUGAAGAAUUGUCUUAGCAACAGUGAUACUAAAUUGAAGGGUUUGGUGAGACACACGGAAAAAUAUGCUCUCAGUUCCAGUUCACUCUCAAAUCUCUACCAACAUACUCUGCUGGAGCUCUACCUACAGUAUCCUUACCUUCUCAGUUGGUUACAAGACACCAGUUUACUGUUAGGAGAUGUACAAACCACACAAAAAUGUGCCAGUCAGCUGGACCACAUCUCUCAUCGCCUGCUCUCGGCCCUUGGAAAUGCUUUACCAGGUAAAGCAGCUGAAAACAGAAUGUACGAUGCUAACAAUGCUAGCAGGAAAUUAGCUGCUGAACACCCUCUUCUUAUUCUCAGGCAACUGCCCCUCAUUGCUGCACUCCUUCAGGGGAAAACUCAUUUCACGAUUGGAGAAAUGAGAAGUCGUAAUUAUCUGCUUCUCUUCUCAUACGUCCUUGGUUUGUUGGAGUUUCUUGAGCCACACAUAUUCCGUAAGGAGCACACGGCACUGGAUGACGUCUUGGAAGCCUAUUUCUCUCUCAUCAAGAACCAUGGCCAAGAGUACAAGAAUUUAUCUUCUAUUAUUGUCAAGUUCAUCCAGUUUCUACAAAGAUUUGUGCUUCAUGAACCAAACAGAGCUGUUCAUAUUCUGCAGAAAUAUAUUGAACUUCUCAGUGUUGUGUCAAACUAUUAUCCAGACUUAUCUGUCCUGAAGUCUCUCUUGGCCGGACUUUCUCUGCCUCGACAACUGACCAAGGGUACUGGAGAGGCUGAUGAGACUGAAACUUCAGUCACACCACCUCUUGUGAAUAUGCAAACAAACUCCCUGUGGAGCUUCAAUCAGUUGGCACCGUUCUUUGCCAGACUUUCCAAAGACUCUCCCAAAGCUGAAAUUUUAGGAGUUCUUCAAGAUUUAGAUGAAGCGUCGAAGAGAAAAGUUAACAUCUUGGACAAUUUCCAGGCUGAUUUGAAGAGACUGAUGGCUGACCUAAAUGAUGAGUGUCGCAGUUAUGCCUAUACCAUGGUGAUGAGAAGUAUCCGUCAGAACCCUUCGAACGGUUCCCAAUAUGUACCUGUGUUAGUUCAGUGUCUUGGUGAUGACAGUCCAGAUAUUGUGAUAAGUGCUCUGAGGAAUUUAGCGGAAUUUGUGGCACUGUGUCAAGAACACGCCAGUGUGAUUCUUGAGAAAGCGUUUGUUGUUGGAAUAGUAACAGCCAUUGAGACCAGCUCUUAUAUAUCUGAAGCCCUUCAGUUAUUGAACUUGGAGACUACACAGUAAAAUGUUACUUUUUAUAGAGAUUGAGAGACAAACAUAUUCAUUGUUUGCCCCAAACAUUUGGAAUAUAUUUGCUUCUGUUCUGUGUUGCCCACUUUAAUGAUGAUCCAAAAACAGCCAGAGACACACACAAAAAAACCUGCCUCUAAAACAACAAACUCUGAGUCUCUCCUGAUUGUUCCAUCUUAUUAAGCAGUUGUUAAACAUUCCUCUCAAUCAUUUAUUUAGGUAGCAACUUAGCAGACUCGUUAGAAUGCCAGACAAAAUGCGUAGCGAGAUUUUGUCCAUCUUUAUGUUCUGAGUUCAAAUUCCACCGAGGUCAUCUUUGCUUUCCAUCCUUUUAGGGUCAAUAAAAUAAGUACCAGUUGAACACUGGGGUUGAUGUAAUUGACCUGCCAAAAUUUGAAACCAUUAUUAUUAUCAUUCGAAUACUUUGCCAUGUGGCAUUCAGUGAUGUUACUCAACAUUCUGAGCUCAAACCCUGAGUAGCUCAGUUAUCCUUUGUGGAACUGACCCUUCUUUUUACCCUAAACUUGUAACUUGGUAUUUUUGUGAACAGGAAUGGCAGAAUUAUUAAAAUGUUCAAAAUAGCAACAAACUGACAGAAUCAUUAUUUCAUUCUGAGUUCAAAUACUGCCAAGGGCAACUUUGCCUUUAAUCAUUUUAAGGUUUAUGAAAUAAAGUACCAAGUUCUGGGGUUGAUGGUAUCAGCUAAUUCCCUCUCCUCAAACUGCUGGCUUUGGGCCUAAAUUAGAAAUAAUUAUUAUAAUUUUCAGAUUUCUAUUUAACAUGGGUGGGAAAAAAAGUUGUGGCAGCAGCUUCAAGCUUGGAACUCUGAAUUAAUGAUUAUGUCAGAAUCAGAAUCCGAAAUCUUUGGUAGGGAUUCCAAUUCAAGUCAAUGUAUUGAAUCUGGAAGGAAGAAUUUCCUUUCAGUUUUCUAAGGUGGAUUGGUAGAAUCAUUAGUGUCAGAUAAAGUAUCCUCACUAAUCAUUCUGGCUUUUCACAUUUUGAGUUCAAAUCCCACCAAGGUCACCUUUGCAAUUCAUCCUUUCAGGGCUGGUAGAAUGAAUCACCAGUUAAAUAUAGGGGUCAGUGGUAUCGACGAACAGUCCUCCUCACAAAAUUGCUGCUUUUGUUGCUUGAAUUAGAAAAUUAUUUUUAUUGAUUUGCAAUUUUAGUGUAAAUUUCUUUUCUAUUUCUUGCCUCAUCAUCCUUCUCAACAAACUUGAGUUUAGCUAAUUGUCCUGGUUUUAUCAAUUUGAGAUGUCACCAUCCCUCUUCUCCACAAACAAAAGCAAAAAAAAUAUAUAUAA